UUAGGCCAAUUCCGUGGGAGAUGGGCGUGGCCUGUACGAAAACAGGUGGGCUGAGGAAUAUAACCCACCUGCUCCCGCAGCGCGCGUUCAGGCAGCACAUCUCAGCGCAGUAAACGCACGAUAUGCGAGCGCGCGGAACUUUAGCAAUAAGUUAGUCCUGUCUUCCUCUUUUCUCACUGCUGUUUUUAUUAAUUUAUAUAUUUACUUCACUUUUUGAAGACCUUCAGCUCGGGGGGAGCAGCAUGCUGACAGCGUACCGGCUCGUGCUGCCACUGCUGGCGGUGUCAGCUGUCAUUGCAACAUCAGGACUUUCCACAGAAUCUAUUGCUACCACGCCUACAACAGACUCCUCAACCACAACUUUUACUACCCAUAGCUCCAUCACCAGUGCCUCCCACUCAAAUGCUACCUCCGAAACUUCACUCCAGAGUACACAGUCCAAUAACACAGAAGCAAGUACCCACUCCUCAGUCACAACUGGAAGUGAGAGCACAGUAUCUCAAAGCCUGACCACAGUGUCCCCUGAAAACGCCACAACAUCUCAGUCCUCCAACAACACAGAAUCCAGUACCCACUCCUCAGUCACAACUGUAAGUCAUGGCGCAGGAUCCCAAAGCCUGACCACAGUGUCCCCUGAAAACGCCACAACAUCUCAGUCCUCCAACAACACAGAAUCCAGUACUCACUCCUCAGUCACAUCUGGAACUGCUGGGGGCACAGGAUCCCAAAGCCUGACCACAGUGUCCCCUGAAAACGCCACAACACCUCAGUCCUCCAACCACACAGAAUCCAGUACCCACUCCCCAGUCACAACUGGAAGUGAGGGCCCAGGACCCCAGAGCCCGACCACAGUGUCCCCUGAAAACGCCACAACAUCUCAGUCCUCCAACAAAACAGAAUCCAGUACCUACUCCUCAGUCACAUCUGGAACUGCUGGGGGCACAGGAUCCCAAAGCCCGACCACAGUGACUACAGUGUCCCCUGAAAACGCCACAACAUCUCAGUCCUCCAACAACACAGAAUCCAGUACCCACUCCUCAGUCACAACUGGACCUGCGGGCACAGGACCCCAGAGCCCGACCACAGUGUCCCCUGAAAACGCCACAACAUCUCAGUCCUCCAACCACACAGAAUCCAGUACCCACUCCUCAGUCACAUCUGGACCUGCGGGCACAGGAUCCCAGAGCCCGACCACAGUGUCCUCUGAAAACGCCACAACAUCUCAGUCCUCCAACCACACAGAAUCCAGUACCCACUCCUCAGUAACAUCUGGAACUGCGGGCACAGGACCCCAGAGCCCGACCACAGUGUCCCCUGAAAAUGCUACAACAUCUCAGUCCUCCAACCACACAGAAUCCAGUACCCACUCCACAGUCACAUCUGAACCCCUGAGCCCAACCACAAUGUUCACAACAACUCAAUCUUCAAACCACACAGAAGCAACAACCAACUCCUCAGUCACAACUGAAGGUAAGGUCACUGGACCCCACAGCCCAACUACAGUGUUCCCAUUGAACACAACAACUCCAUCCACAAACCAAACAGAAGCAACAACCAACUCCUCAGUCACAUCUGGACCCCAGAGCCCAACCACAAUGUUCACAACAACUCUAUUUUCAAAUGCGACAAUGAAUACCACAGACGGUGCCAACAGCACUAUCACUUUAGUUACCAUGCCCCCUGAACCAACGUCUCCAGGUAAUGGUUCCAACUCCAGCUUGCCAACAACCGUGCCUCCAACAGAAAGUCCUGGAGCAACUGCUAACACAACAGUUUUUUUAAACUCCACCACAGUUACAGUACCUGUGAAUGCAACGGGCACCACCUCACCUCCCACGGGAACAGAACAUUCAAACACAACCAUGUCCAUGAGCACAGGAGCUCCAAAUGUGACCCAUACUACCAACCAUACCACUCUGGCCCCAGCCAACACUACUGCGAUCCUAGAUGCAUCAACAAAACCAGGAAACACGACCACCCCUUUAACUACACCUACAGCAGCUACAACAGUACUGACAACAACAAGCAAUACAACAACUAUUCCCUCAACUACAAAUACAACAGCUCCUACACUAGCCCCACCGGAGGGCAAUACAACAACCACACCACAUACUACGCCAUUAACUACACUAAGCAAUGCUACAACAGCCACAACAAAUGCUUCUGCAACAACACCAGGCAAUACUACAACGACUCAGCCGACCACUACAAGAGAAACAACAACAGGUAACAUCACGACUACACCGGGAACGACAAGCAACACCACAGCAGGGAAUACCACAACAUUACGACCAAGCAUUAGUACAUCUCCCCCAGCAACUGUGUCCCCAACAGCCAAUGCUACAGUACCAGGUUUUAACAACACUACUCCAGAGAACAACGCUACGACUGUACCAACGCCGACCUCUACCACUAACCCUACUACUACUACUUCUGCUACUAACACAACAACCACAGCAGCAACCUGUCCGACAAUCGCCUGUCCUCCUCUCAGUGUGUGUGUAAACUCCACCUGCAAGUGUGUGGGCGGAACCUUAUUGUCAGGAGGACGCUGUGUGGAAGUAAAAGCGUUCCCGGCUACUCUGCGUGUGAUGCGGAAUUUUACGGAAGACAUGAGAAAUCCCCAGUCAGCAGCUUUUCAGCAGAUAGCUUCUGAGAUUGUGACAGCUCUGAACAGUGCUUUUCGAAACAUAGCCGGCUAUAUAAACUCUACAGUUCUGGAGUUAACGGAAGGCAGUGUGGUGGCUACGGUGAACAGUGUGUUUGAGCCCAACUCCCCCGCUACACAGAACAUCACCACGAAGGCUAUAAAUGAUGCCAUAAACAACAGCAGUAAUGGAAUUCUGGCAGGAUCUACAUUUACGGCAUCAACUUUGUGUAACUCAAACCCACCUCCAUGUGAUGUGACAACGACAGACUGUGUCGACACUGGAAGUGGCUCUCCUCGCUGCAACUGCAAGUCUGGCUUCAUUUUAACAGGAUUUGAAACAAGAAGCUGCUCAGCAUGCCCCAGCGGACAGAAGUCAGUGAAUAACGUGUGUGUGGACUGUCCGUUCGGUUAUUCUGGCUUCAACUGUAAUGACUCCUCUCUGUUGGCACUGGUGGUGGUAGCCUGUGUUUUAGGUGGGCUUAUGCUCAUCAUGAUAGUGGCCAUCAUCAUCUACAAUAUCGUAAGCAGUAAAAAACCUAAGCAGGUUCCAUACACCCACAGUCCCUACUCUCCAGCUGAAUUGCGUACUUGGCCUGCCGAAAGAAUGGCACCGAUCCCUCGGGCCACAGUUAGCAACAGUGCUGACUCAGGCACAGGAAAUGUGAUGGAGAUGAACGAGCCAGGCAACAGAAAAAGCCACUCCAAUGGAAUGACGGGUUCUUACGACCUCAUGCCUCUUGAGAACAACACAUUUAAGGGCAAAACCCCCUCACGCUACUCUUACUUGGUUCAGGGCCAUGAAAACCCCUACUUCAUCCCAGGAGAAGAGCAAAGAACAACAUGAGAGGAGGAGAAGGGGAGAAGGAGAGUUGGCGGAGUAGGGGACUAAUUCCAAAAAAGAGAAAAGAAAGAGUCGGGCAAAUACACAUUGAUGCCAUGCAGCCAAUUACCAGGGACAGUCAUUUCAACACUCUUUCAUGUAUUGCUGAAUCCAGACACACUUCAUAUAAUAUUAUAAUAGGAACUUUGAAAUUUGGUUCAGUAAACAUUUCAGUAAACAUUUAUAAAACACCCAUUUUCUGAUUCACAAAAGUGUCUUAAAAACUAAAUUGUUAAAUUUGAUUAGAUUCCCAAAAAUAGCCAAAUAGCAACGCAAUCUUAUGAAAAAUGUGAUUGUCGAAUAUUAGGCCAAUUCUUAUUUUUUUUAGAAUAUUUUUUUUUUAUUAUUUGCAUUGUUAUGUAACCAGUUGUGAGACACAAUUUUCUAUUAUUCAGGUAAAUACAUGCAGUGGCUAGUAAAAUGGAGAAGUAAAACAGAAUCGAAAUGAGCUCAAUUCCAUAAAACAAUUAAAUAAAGUAUAGCUAGAACAAGAUGGAAACAAACUCCUUGGAAAAUAUGAGAAAUGUUGGAAAGCCAUAACAACACUUUAAGAACACUAAUAAGCACAUAUUGAUAAAUUCUAUAUUUAUUUGAUUUAUUUAACUAUUUAUAAUACUAAAAUGAAUGGAGCUAUUGUAUCUUUAUUUUUUAUUUUUUUUAAGUAAAACAAUUAAACUUUUUUUGUGUUAAGGGUGUUAAGCUAAAAUGAAAACACUUUCCAAAGAAAUACAUACAAACAAGCUUACAUAAACAAAAACACUACAUAGUUCUUAUAAAGGUUUUAUGCAAGUACUACAAUAUGCCUUUAAGAAAGUCUUAAUUAUUUGAGAUUAAAACUUUUCAUUUAGGUUUUCAUUUAGUUUCAUUUAGGAUUUUUUCUAAUACACACUUUUUUAUGUAGGUCAUUUCUAUUGGUGGCUUUUAUGCUGCAUUUUUCAGCUUUUUAUCAUUAAAAAAUAGAAUUUCUACCAGACAAACAUGCAAGAUAAACUAUUUAAUAUUGAUAAUUUAACAGUUAGAAACAGAACAGAAUUGUGAGUUAAAGACUUUUGUAAACGUCCUGUCAUGGCCCAUGUUUUGUCACGUCUGGACCCUUGCAGAUCCUGCAGUAUAUGAAAGGCAGGGAGGAGCCAACCAUCUGGGCACUCGGGUGGAACCACACUGGAGGCGGUAGUAGGGGAACUGGGGUAAAAAUUAGUUAACUUAUUUAAAAGGCAGAUGGAGCUUGUUGAUUGUACGAGAAAUUAAGUGACUUAAAGCAUUGGAGUCUCCUGAUAGGAGACUAGACGCUUUGAUGUUUGAAUUAUUUUUAAGACACUUUUGUGAAGUGCUGUAGAAUCACUUAAAUGGAUCUCCUGCCUUGUGUAAGGUGAUGUAAGGUUUGGAUGGAGCUGCUUAGCCAUGGAAAUCCAUUCCAUGAAGCUCUUUAUGGUCUACUGAUCUUGAGCUAAUCAUUGUUCAUAAAGGCCACAUGAAGUUUAGAGGUCUGAAGUGAUGGACUCACUGACUCAAUUCAAUUGAAAAUUGAAGACUUCCUCUAUGGUAUUACAUCAAUGUCACCAGUCGGGGUAUAUUAACAUUUGGCCUCUACUAAUUAUUAUUUAUUGCUCUUACAGUACUAUAAAUAAAUAAAUAUAUUAUAAUAAAAUAAAGAUACUAAUGGUAUUUAAUCUAAAAUGUACAAAAUAUGCUUAACAACAUGGAAUAUUGUUCCACACUGUAGUUUAUUUAAAAUAACCUGCAUUACAAAUGCUUUUACCCUAAACUAAAAAUCACAAUAUGUACCUGAAUUAAACAUAUUUUAGACUGAUAUACAGUAUUUAGACUGACAAAACUGACAACCGUAUAUAACAACUCUCUUACACCCUCAGACAUUUCCUUCUGAUUGAGCGCGCUCUUUUUUUCACCUUGUAUUUUUGCACCCCCCGACUUUUGACAUUAAUGUGACGCCAUACUGCUCUGUUAUUUUAUGUUGACAGAGCAAUUCCAUUUGGUUAUGAUAUCACUGACAGUUGACUGUGGAAUAUUUAGUAACAUUAGUGAGCACAUUUCACGACUGGGCAUGUUGCACAGGUGGCAUCCUAUACCAGUACUGAGCUCAUGAGAGCGACCCAUUCUUUCACUUAUGUGUGUAGAAGCAGUCUGCAGGUCUAGGUGCUUGGUUUCAUACACCUGUGGUAACAAGUGAUUGGAAACACACUUUUGGCAAUAUAUUGUAGUUUCUAAUUUGAUUUGAUUAAAUUUACAUUAAAUUUGGUGUUGUUCACUGAGAGAAUCCUGUGCUGCACAAUACUAAGACUGUUAAGUGGUAGACCACUUUUCACAAUGUUGACAUGCCUUACCUUUGACUGAAGGGCAUUUUUGUAAAUAUUAUUUUGCUAACGGUGAAUUUUUAUGAGCCUGCUGAAAUUUAGUACACCAAAGACUUUUUUUGUUGUGUUGCUGCAGUUGACACUAUAAACGGAAAGAUUUGAGCAAUGUUUUAUACACACGAAAUGUUUGAUUAAUUGUAUUUAUUUCGGAGUAUAUUAAGAGCUUAAUUUGAUUCCUAUUAUAUUUUUAUUUUGUGUGGCGUUUGCCACUAGAAAGGGGUGGGGUUUAAUAGCGCCCCCUGCCUGGCACAAAGGGGAAGCUUAUUUUUCUUACUCUUUUUACUUUUAUCUUGUUUUGUCUUUUUAUUUCAUUGCAAAUUAAACAGCAUGUGUGCAAUGUUAGGAAAUGCGUUUUUGAAACAGCAAAAGAUAAAGUGAUUAAAGUUGGUUAAGGGACUUUGUGGCCAACUUUUGUAUGACCUAGGAAUCCUAUUCAUUGCACCUGGGGGGGGGGGGGGG